AUGUCGGCUGCUGUCCACAUCAAAACUAUUCUAGCGACUCUAACGUGGGUGCCGGUGAUAUACACGUUCACAGAACAUGUGUAUCAGCCCUAUUUCAUAACUGGCAGGAGCAUGACGCCUGCGUUCAAUCCAGGAACUUCCACCAUGACUAAUGAUAUCACCAUGGUGCAGAAGUUCGGAUUGAAAUCCCCUGACAGUCUCCACCGUGGUGAUGUGAUCCUCUUCCGGUCGCCGCUCAGCCCCGAGAAGAUCCUUACAAAGCGCGUGAUAGCCGUUGGCGGUGACACCGUCGCAUGUACGCAUAAAUAUCCCAAACCUACUGCCAGAGUGCCUCGAAAUCAUCUAUGGGUCGAGGGAGAUAACGAGUUUCAUUCGAUUGACUCCAACAAUUUUGGGCCCAUCAGCCAGGGUCUUGUGGUCGGGAAGGUGGUGAACGUGAUAUGGCCGCCUUCGAGAAUGGGGGCAGAUUUUUCUGGUGGAGGCCGCAAUGCCCUUGUAGAGUAG